AUGCCAAAGAUCACCCACAUCCUCUUCGACUGUGACAACACCCUCGUCCUGUCCGAGGAGCUCGCCUUCGAGGCCUGCGCAGACAUCGCCAACGAGAUCCUCGAGAAAAAUGGCAUCGAGCAGCGCUACACCGGCGAGCAGCUCAUCGGCGACUUCGUUGGCCAGAACUUCCGCGGCAUGAUGGUCUCCAUCCAGGCCAAGUUCAACAUCACCCUCACCCCGGAAGAGCUCGAGGCCUACGUCAAGGAGGAGGAGAACCGCGUUAUCGCCAAACUCGAAGCCAAAGCCCAGCCCUGCGUCGGCGUCACCGAAGUCCUCGUCAGGCUGUUCGCCGAGGGCAAGUACGGCAUGGCUGUUGUCUCGUCCUCCGCUCUCCGACGCGUCAAGGCUUCGAUCAAGAAAGUCGACCAGGACAAGUUCUUCCCUGAAGACCACAUCUUCUCCGCUGCCACCUCGCUCGACAAGCCUACCACCAAGCCCGACCCGGCCAUCUACCUCCACUCGCUCAAGGUUAUCGGAAAGGAGGCGUCCGAGUGCGUUGCCAUCGAGGAUAGCAAGAGCGGUGCCUUGAGUGCUGUUCGCGCCGGCAUCCCUGUCAUCGCGUAUGUUGGUAGCUACCCCACCACCGAGAAGCAAGAUGAGAUGGCCAAGACGCUGCUCGAUCUCGGAGCAAAGGUCGUCAUGAAGAACUGGUCCGAGUGGGACGACUGCAUUGCUCAGAUCGAGAAGAUGGAUAGCUCCCUCUAG